AUGACACAUUUAAAUUUUAUUCCUGUAUAUUCAAUAUUUAAAAUACUAUCAACUUCUUUAGGACCAAAAGGAUUAGAUAAAGUUAUUGUUAAUAUUGAAGAAAGCACCCUAUUUACACAAAAUGAAAACUAUAACCAAAAUUUCGAUAUAAACGAUUUAAUUAUAACAAAUGACGGUGCUACAAUUAUGAAAAAUUUGCCAAUAAAGCAUCCACUUGGUAUAAUAUUAAAACAACUAUCAAACUCGAUUGAUGUUCAAGUCGGUGAUGGUACAACCUCUGGAGUGAUUUUAGCAUGUAAAUUAUUAGAAGAGUCUGAAAAGCUAUUGAUUAAAAACUAUCAUCCAAAUCUAAUUAUUAAAUCAUAUCAAAUAGCCUAUGAUCAAUGUAAAAAGAUUUUAAAUUUAAAUUGCAUAGAAUUAAAUAUACCAUCUAUUUUUAUUUAUAACGAAAAAGAAUUUAAUAAUGCUGAAAACAAUGAUAUUAAAAUACUAAAGCAAAUCAUAUCAACAUCACUAUCAUCCAAAAUUUUAAGCAACUAUAUUGAACAAUUUACAAAAUUUUGUUUUCAAGCAGUUUCAUAUAUACAGGAUCCAUCAAGCACAUUAAUAUUUAAUAACAUUCAAAACAAUAUAAAAUAUAAUAAAAUAUUAGGUAAUAAUAUAGCAUCAACUAAAUUAAUUAGAGGAAUCAUAAUAAAACUAAGACUAGAUAAUAUCAACAUAAUGGAAUUAAACAAUAGUUCUUUUAAUAGCAACAACUCUGUAAAUAAUAAUUUUAAAACCAUGUUAAUUAAUUUCGAUAUUGGUUUUAUUGAUGAAAAUACUUUAAAACUUAUAAAAUAUAACAAUUUAAAUUUCAAUAAAAUUGAAAUGAUAGAAAAUGAAAAAAAACAAUUAGAAAUUAAACAAGCAACAGAUUUUAUAUCAAAUUUAAAAAACCAAAAUAAAGAAGACGAGCCAAUUAUAAUAUUUUCAAGUAAAAGAAUAUCAUUGUCAUGUUUAAAACUAUUUAAAGAUAAUAACAUUAAAAUCAUAUAUAAUCUUAGUGAUGAAGAAAUUUUAAACAUACAAAAAGUAACCUUUUCACCCAUAGUUAUUAACACCAUAACCUCGACCAUACACAGCUCAUAUUUUGGUACUUGUAAAAUAAACCAGACAAUAGAAAAACAAUCCGAAUUUUAUUUAGAAAUCUUGAAUGACCAAUCAAAUGUAUGUACAUUUUUAUUAAAAGCUCCAUCUGUUUUCAUUAUAGAAGAAAUUCAAAGGUCAUUAAACGAUUCAAUAUCAAUACUUUCAUUAAUAAUCGAAAAUAAAAAAAUUAUUAGCGGUGGUGGAUCAAAUGAACUACAACUAUCAAGUGGUUUAGAGAAGUUUAUAAAAUCAAAUGAAUUUAAUCAACUUGUAGUCGAUGAAAGUAAACAGGAUAUUUUUAAAAUUAUGAACUGUAUAAAAUCAUUUGCUAGAGCUUUACAAAUCAUACCAAUUUUAUUAAUAAACAAUGCUGGCUUUGACUCGUUGGUCCUGUUUGAACAUUUAAAAAUUAUACACAAAGAACAAAUAUCAAAAGAUUACAACUAUACAUCAAUAAAUUUGAAUAGUGGUAAAAUCUCAAAUAUGUUAGAACUUGGCGUCAUCGAAUCUUUAAAAGGUAAAGAAACAAUUUUAAAAAUGAUCAUUGAUACUGUAUCAAUGAUUAUUAAAAUUGAUCAAAUGAUAAAAUAA